ACUUCAAUAUUUAUACGUCAACAACCAAAUUCUGUUUUGAAUUGCAAAAGUAUUAGAACAAAUUCGAAAUGGCUUUGAUGAAAAUAUGGGCUAAUAGAGAAGUAAUACGAUUCAUGAAUUUACGUUUACCACGGAUUCCUGCAUCAUGUGGUCAGAAUCGUAACUAUGCCGAUCAUAAAAUUCCUGAACGUUUAAAAAAUAUGGAAAACGAAGCAAAUCCCAAAUUCUAUGAUAUGGUUGAAUAUUUUUUUCAUAAAGCAUGUGUUUUUAUUGAAGAUAAGUUGGUAGACGAUUUAGGAAAGAUUAAAGGUACGAAAUUACCGCUAGAAAUGCGGAAAGCACGAGUUAAAGGGAUUCUCUCAUUAUUGGAACAAUGUGAUUACAUUUUGGACGUAGCUUUUCCGAUUAAAAGAGACAACGGUACUUAUGAAAUAAUUCAGGGUUACCGAGCUCAACAUAGUUCUCACAAACUGCCUAUGAAAGGUGGAAUCCGAUAUUCUCUCGACGUUAACAUGGAUGAGGUGAAAGCUUUAGCUGCAUUAAUGACAUUUAAAUGUGCGUGUGUUGAUGUGCCUUUUGGAGGGGGCAAAGCGGGACUUAAAAUUAAUGCGAAAAACUAUUCAGAAAACGAAUUAGAAAAAAUUACAAGACGUUUUGCUUUAGAGUUGGCUAAAAAGGGGUUUUUAGGCGCAGGUAUAGACGUUCCAGCUCCUGAUAUGGCUACGGGCGAAAGAGAAAUGGCGUGGAUUGCUGAUACUGUUAGUAAAGCUGUGGGUUUCAGAGAUAUCAACAGUAAAGGUUGUGUAACGGGAAAACCAAUUAACCAAGGUGGAAUUCAUGGGCGAGUCUCAGCCACUGGAAGAGGGCUGUUCAACGGUCUUGAUGUGUUCAUUAAUGACGCUAACUACAUGAGUAAAUGCGGCUUAACACCAGGGUGGCAAGGGAAAAUUUUCAUACUACAAGGUUUUGGAAACGUUGGUUUGCACGCUAUGAGGUACCUUCAUCGAGCUGGAGCCAAGUGUAUCGGAGUAAUUGAAAUUGAUGGUGCUUUGUAUAAUCCAGAUGGCAUAAAACCUGCAGAACUAGAAGAAUUUCGUCUAUCUCAGGGAACCAUAGUCGGAUUUCCUGGAGCAAAACCCUUCGAUCGUGAUGCUCUUAUGUACGAAGCGUGUGACAUUUUAGUUCCGGCUGCUGCUGAAAAAGCUAUUCGCAAGGAUAAUGCCAACAAAAUAAAAGCGAAAAUUAUUGCUGAAGGUGCUAAUGGACCAACAACACCAGCGGCGGAUAAAAUCCUUCUCGCUAAGAAUAUUUUAGUUCUUCCUGAUUUGUAUCUGAAUGCUGGAGGUGUAACUGUUUCAUACUUUGAAUGGUUGAAAAACAUCAACCACGUUUCGUUUGGAAGGCUAACAUUUAAAUAUGAUGAGGAUUCCAAUACACAUCUUCUUCAUUCAGUCGAAGAGUCUCUUAGAAAAAGUUUAGGAGGUGCAGGAAGUAAAAUUGCAAUAAAACCUUCCGAACAGUUUAAAUCAAGAAUGGCUGGCGCUUCCGAAAAAGAUAUUGUUCACUCUGGACUACAAUACACAAUGGAAAAGUCUGGAAAAGCUAUUAAAGAAACUGCAGAAGAACAUAAGUUAGGACUUGAUCUUAGGACUGCAGCGUAUAUGAAUAGCAUUGAAAAAAUAUUUUCCACUAUAAAUGUAGCAGGUUUAACUUUCUGAUUACGGUGAUUAAAAUGAUUGUUGUUCAUAA